AUGAUUUAAAUAAAUUGGAAGAAUAAAAAUUUGAAUGAAAAUUAGAUAAUUAAGUUAGUUAGUUUGAAAGAUGCAACAAAUUUAAGAGCCCUCUAUAUAUCCCUAGAAGGAUUGGAAUCAUUCAUAGAAUUAUAAAUAUUGUAGUUUUACUUUUAUAAAAUGAAUUAAAUUUAAAACCUAAAUUAACUUGUCAAUCUAAAUCAACUCUGGUUAGAUAAUAAUUUAAUAAACAAAUUAAGAACUUCUUUAGAUUAAUUAAAAAACUUAUAUGAUUUAAAUAUAAACAACAUAUAUAGUUUCAAAGAGGCCUUGAAUAUGAAUUUUUACCAAUUCUGA